CUGCCUUCGACAUACGUGUAUCUUUGGUGGUCCCACACAUGCUUAUUCUAUCUGACCGAAGUGGUAAGGAUUAUAUUUCUGUAGUCGGUAUGGACAAACUGUCUUUGAGUGCAAACUACGGUGACGAAACUGAUACCUCCGGCUUUGCCAGCUGCUCAGCCAGCACAUACACACAUGCAUCCGACUAUACAACAUCACCACAUAAUUCACCCGAUUCUCAUGAAGUCAGAGAGCUCAAGGCGACUGUCUAUCGUCGCAGUUCGUCCGGACAAAAACUGGCCAAAUUCAUCAAUGCCUUGACGCCAUGCCGUGGACGCAUGGCACGCCGCAGUCAAUCUUUUGGAAGCGUGUAUAGCCAAAAGUGGCAGGCAGGAGGCUGCGAUCAACAAAGUCUGGUAUUCCGUGUAGUGGGGGACCUGAACCCGCGACAGAAUAUUAAUCCAAUGGAACCCGCAGAACAGGUUGGUUAUCAGAAACCUGCCAGUUUAACAGCCAGUUCCUGGGCAGUCCAGUUAGACGUGUCAAUCACUGAUCCAACCGUGGAGGUCCAUGAAUUCCGACGUCUCUUCCCGUCUUCAUUCCUCGCCUUGAUCACAAACUACUUGGGGUUUCUUAUUUUCACUCCUGAGGACAUGGAGCAAAUUCGAGAUGCAUUGCUCAAGGAGUCCAAAACCACCCAAGCACCAGAGUCCCUGCCGACGAACCUCACUUCAAGCGUCCCGAGUUUUGGUCGCUCCUUCACCCCACAGAAAAGCGUGCGUUCCAGGGAAGCGAAAUGUGCAGACAAAGAACUGGAACACUGGUACAUUGUGGUCAAUACGACAGUGAACUACCUGCUGGAAAAGAAACGCUAUAAGCAUCGCUUCAUUGUUCGACGUCCGGGGAAUCAAUCGAGUGUUAAUGAGUUGGAAAAAACACUGUUUCCGCCGCGUCACGACCNUGUCCGAAGUCGCUCCACGGACCAGACGGACGAAAAACUCCAUAGCCCCGCCAUGGUUCCAGAGAUUCUGUCCAUCCUUGAACGGUACGACGCUACCGUAGUGGCUUGUGUGCUAUCCCGUAUGUUGCGCCGCCAUGGCGUCGGUCUGAUUCCCGUCUAUCUACGACGUCUCUUCCUUCAACUUGUGACUGGCGUUAAAGAAAACGCGGUUCAUCAACGCCGUGCGAUUCGCUUGCUUUUUCAGUUGGUACCCAAGCGUCUACUGCGUAUGGUCAUACGUCCGGUUUUCGAGCUUCUGGCCAGUAUAGCCAAUGAGCCGGCUUGUGAAGUGGAUGAAUCCAGUUUAGCAGUCCUAUUCUCCCCGAUUCUUUUCCUUGAUCGAUCCACGACCACUCCAGCCUCAUUGGCUAAUCCGCUUCCAGCCCGUGUGGUCGAGCUGCUCGUUCGAACUGCUCGUCUUGAUUUGCAGAUGCAUCAGUCGCUGGAUCGUACAUUCCAGGUCCCUGUACUUUUCCAAGAUGAUUGCGUACGAAACCUUACCCAACAUUUGGCACUGGAGAACCCACCACUGUCCUGCAGUUUGAAGUAUUGCGUUAGUAUGAGUCCACGAUCACGAGAUAAACACACAGCCCAAAGCGAUUCGAAUGCGGAUCCAUCUGGGGCCCAGAAAACUGUCAGACCAAUCAUGCCCAAAGUCAAUCUCACUUCGAAUUUCAUGGCCAAACGCCCUCGACAUGUUUCACCUUUUGUUUCGAGUGGGUACGCCACUCCUGUUCUGAAGAACCAUCCAAUCAGUCCAAUACUCGAUUUUCGUGUGCGGCGCACACCCACCACGUUCUCCCGAGCACAGCAUUUGCACGCUCUCAAGUCCCCGCUACCCAGUCGGAUCGAAACUACCAUCAAGUAGUUCGCUUCCUUCCUUCUGGACCCCAUUCUCCCAUCAUAUGUGUACAUAGCUUACAAAAACCAACCAACCAGAAUUCCUAUGAUAAUAUCUCCCCUAGCCACCACUAUCAUUAGCCAUUGCUAUGAGCUCAAACUUCGAACCGGUCUCAUUUAGUGCCUAUUGUGAUUCUGUUCCACUGACUUUUGCUUUUUAAUAAAGAAACGAAUUCCAC